CUAAAUCGUAAGAAAAGGAACAAAAUUAUUUCCAAAAUUGAAGUAAAAUUAAAACGAGUAGGUAAAACAAGGGGAAAGUGGAAAGCUUUUUGACCCUCUUUCUGGGGGGGUGUUCAAAAACACAAACGCUUUGGCCUAAUGUUAUAAAGCUGUAACAGCUCACCCAAUAUCGAUUUGGACAAGCAACCACGACACAUAUUUGCCGUCUUGUACAAAUUUUUUGCUAGAAAACUCUCUCUGCAACUCUUAAUAAAAUUUCCCUGAAUUUUUUCUUGCCCCGUUUGCCAAGUCUUUACUGUUCUUGUCAUCAAGUUUAAGCCUUCUCCCAAUCCCCAUCUUCCAAGCCACUCUUCCUCUCAAGAUUUCAGCAUCAACUACCCACCACCACUUGAUUAUAAUCCUAUAUAGUACAUUUUGGCAGAGGCCCCAUAUCAUAAUUCAGAGCGAAUUCAAAAGGGUUGUGAGUAUUUUUCAUUUGAGAGUUUGAGAAGAAGGAAGGAAGAAAAGAAAGAAAGAUGAUGAGGAACGGAGAUCUGGAAAGUCGAGGAGGGACAAAGAGCAGAGCCCACCACAACAGUUAUCAGCCUUACUAUGUGGAGACCUCAGAGAGCCAGUGGACUUCAUGGCUAGUUCCGAUGAUAGUUGUGGCUAAUGUUGCUAUGUUUAUUGUCAUCAUGUUCGUCAACAAUUGCCCCAAGAACAGUGAUGGGUUCAGAGGACAAUGUGUGGCCAAGUUUCUUGGGAGGAUUUCUUUUCAGCCCCUCAAUGAAAAUCCUCUCUUUGGCCCUUCUUCUAACACGUUAGAAAAAUUGGGAGCUCUAGAAUGGAGCAAGGUUGCACAUCAGCAUCAGGCAUGGAGGCUUAUCACUUGUAUUUGGCUGCAUGCAGGAGUUAUUCACUUACUGGCGAACAUGCUGAGCUUGGUGUUUAUUGGAAUUCGUCUUGAGCAGCAAUUUGGAUUUGUGCGAGUUGGGGCUGUUUACCUCUUGUCAGGAAUUGGCGGGAGCAUACUCUCAUCCCUUUUUAUUCAGCGUAGUAUCUCUGUCGGAGCUUCUGGUGCUUUAUUUGGACUUCUUGGAGCUAUGCUCUCAGAGUUGCUCACUAAUUGGACUAUUUACAGCAAUAAGGCUGCGGCUCUUAUCACUCUUGUGAUUAUCAUCCUGGUGAACUUGGCCCUUGGAAUACUUCCACACGUUGAUAACUUUGCGCACAUUGGGGGUUUCCUCACUGGUUUCCUCAUUGGCUUUGUGUUACUGUUUCGCCCUCAAUUUGGUUACCUGGAAACGCGUCAUCUUCCUGCUGGCGCUCGUCUGAAGUCGAAAUAUGCUGUUUACCAGUUUGUUCUAGUGGUGAUUGCCCUGGUCCUGCUAAUUGUUGGGUAAGCUUUGUAAUCUAUGAGCUUUUGUAUCUUUUCCUUUUCUGAUGGCAUACCGAAGCUGCGAUAGAAAUAAAUGAUACUAAAUCCAGCUUGGGAUGGACAAUACCUUAUCAUCAUUUUUUUAUGCAUUCACUUCCUGUGUGUCAACAAACCAGCGACUUUCUGAUACCUUUAUUUCUUUUAUUUGCUUCUGUUUUUCAAAACAACGUUGUCGCUGAUUUAUCUAUCUCAAAUUCGCAGAUUCACCGUAGGAUUGGUGAUGCUGUUUAGAGGAGAAAAUGGCAAUGAUCAUUGCAGCUGGUGCCAUUAUUUGAGCUGUGUGCCAACUUCAAGAUGGCGCUGCGAUAAUUAACUUGGGUUAUGUUGGGGCGCUUCUACUGCUAUAUUUCUUCUUUUACCUAUAUACUUUUGUCCAUAGAGAGGGUUCUCGUAUGACCUUUUUUCUUUUUGCCCCUAUAGUCGUUUGUACAGCAAUUAUAUUUGCUUGUGCUGCAGUGGCCAAGCUCCAUAUAUAUUCACACAGGAUGUCUUUAUGUAUACACACGACUGCGAUUGAUUAUAUAUUUUAUUAUGGCAUUUCUCGAGAUCAUACUUGGUCAAGAAACGCAGUUGCUACAUUCAAAUCUUGAUUUUACAGUUUCUCAUCUUUAUAGUUUGUAGAUGAUGAUAGAUAGCUAUUGGAAAAAAUAAAAAAUAAAAAUUAUAAAGAAAGCAGAGAGAAAAUAAUAAUAGAGCUAUGUUGGGACAAGUGUUGGUGUCCUUUGUGUAACUAGUAAACAGUUUCA